AUUGAAUUAGGGUUUUAGAGCCAAAAACAACACUUGAGUUGUCUGUUGGGUUGUAUGAGAAACACCCACAAUUGAUACUAAAGCGAUACAUGAUUUGUUGAUAGCGGGAUACAGAGAUGGAUAAAAGCAUUUUGACACUCGAUAAAGGCACCCGAUGCACAGCUUGGAAUUAUAGUGGCCAGAGAUUGGCAGCAGGACUGGUUGAUGGUUCCUUGCUCAUAUAUGAUUCUACUGACCCAGCUUCUUCAACCUUCAUUUCUACAUCCAGGUUUAAGGUCCAGGAGAGCAGCAUUUUGAAAGUUGUAUGGGUCCCACCGGAGUAUGGAGAUGCAGUUGCUUGCAUUGGUGCUGAUGGAACUUUGUCUUUGUGGGAGGAAGUCACUGAAGAUACUGAAGGGCAUCACUGGAAGUUGUGCAAGUGCUUUGAUAGAAACACGAGUCAAGUUCUUGAUAUUCAAUUUGGAGAUGCAGAAACGUGUCUGAAAUUGGUUGCUGCAUAUUCAGAUGGACAAAUAAAAAUCUAUGAGCUGCUAGAUACUCUUGAACUUGAGAAGUGGCAGCUUCAGGCUGAAUUUCAAAAUGUGAUUGAUUUGGUAUCCAACUUUGGGCAUGCUUCUUGCGUGUCCGCGUCCAUCUCAUGGAAUCCACAAAGAAGUGAAGUCCAGCAGUCAAGCUUUGUUUUGGGCUUUAGCUCAAAUGUUCCAGCCCUAAAUUCUCCUAAGGUUUGGGAAUUUGACCUGGAUCAUCAAAGAUGGCUUCCAGUUGCUGAGCUUUCAUUGCCUGAGGAAAAGACUGAUCAGGUUUCCGCAGUUGCUUGGGCACCAAAUAUAGGAAGGCCUUAUGAACUGAUCGCCGUUGCCACUCAGAAGGGGAUCUCGAUCUGGCACCUUGGAUCAAAUCCUGAUGCUGAUGGGAGGCUCUCAGCCCAAAAAUUGGCAACGCUCUCCGGUCAUGACAGUGAGGUGUGGGAGAUGGAAUGGGACAUGAGUGGAACGACACUUGCUACUACUGGGAGCGAUGGCAUGGUCAGGCUGUGGCAAUCUAACCUAAACGGCAUGUGGCACGAGCAAGCUGUUUUGACACCUGCAAGUUAAGUAGAGGUUUGUGUGUGGAUUAUAGCAGCCAUCCCUGUUCUCACAUAUAUCAUGUUUAGCUUAGAGUCUGGGGAUACUUUGUUGUAUUGCUCCUACAUAAUUGUAUAAUCUACGUACUGUUGGAUUCUUGCUGAGUAUUAUACCGAGACAAGCGAGUGGUUCGUCCCAUAUCAUCGGACAACCUUAUAUCAA